AUGUCUGUGGAGAAAGAGCUUCCGUUCUUGUUUUCACACCCGGGCCAGAAAGUACGGAGUAAGCAGCUUAAGGAGCCGCGGGGACGCAAUAAGGCCCGGAUACUCCGCGCCCAUAGGAAGCCCCGCGGGGACCAAAGGAAAUCGCUACCGAAGUCACACUGCAAGAAGGAGCAAGUGCGAGAGAAAGAGAAGGUGUGGGUACCCUGGAAUGGACUCAUCGUGAUUGGGAAGAGAGUGGAACUCUUGGACAGAAACGUGCAAAAGUCUAACCCAAAGUUGGAAUCUGAGGACUGGAAGCUGGAGGGCACGGGGAGGAAGUUUUCAAAAGAGAAAUCAGGCCUGCAACAGGAGACGGUGGUCGCGAAGCUCCUGAGCAGUGUAAGAAGGACGGUGCAGGCUCGAGCAGGUUUGGAGAAUGACAGCCCAGAGAUUUGGAGAGAGUUGGAGGACAGACUCAAAGCUGAUGUGACUACGAGUGCAGAGAUAACUGCAGAGCGUGGGGAAAACUUGAAAUCUAGGGACAGGUUGAGGACCCCUGGAGGGGACUUGAGGUCCAGAGGGGAUCAGCUGAGACCUAAUGAGGAACUGGAGUCGAGUGGAGAGAACUUGAAAAUACGAGUGCCCAUUGGAGACAAGGUGGCCCAUGUCUACCCGAGACCAUCAUUUGAAGAUUCCUCUGUUCCUAAGACUUGCACACCAGACCUGCGCCACAGACCUUCUCCUGACACCCUUCCACACCUGCACUUGGGCUCUCACAUCACAGAGCGACCUUUCCUGAGGCCCUCCUCUGAAGCAAAGAAGCAUGAUGACAAGAGGAACAUCAUACUGUGGAAAGCAUCGCAGUAAGAGGCACACGUUGUGCCACCGCCGUGGCUCUAAAGCCUGCCACCUUCAGAGGUCAACAUGGCAAACGUGGCUGCCCUGCCUGCCGAGUGCAAGAGAGAACCUAACUGGGAGGCCAUGGCUGAGAGAGGAAACACGACUGGGACUGGGCAGACGAGGCACCUAAAGAUUGUCUAGGACAGACACAGACAUGGAUUCCUCAAAGUACAACACCGAAACCCAGGAGGGCAGCUGCUGCAGCAUCCAGUUCUUCUUGAGGAUUUCAAUCAGUCAUAAAAUAAAUGUUAUGGUUUCA